UCGAACGAAUAGUUUGUUGGACGUUUGCUAGUACUAUACAGAGAAGUCAUAAUGUCCGGACGUGGCAAAGGCGGAAAAGUGAAGGGAAAGGCAAAGUCUCGCUCCAGCAGGGCUGGCCUCCAGUUCCCCGUCGGCCGUAUUCAUAGGCUCCUUCGCAAAGGCAACUAUGCCGAGCGUGUCGGAGCUGGAGCUCCUGUUUAUUUGGCGGCCGUUAUGGAGUAUUUGGCUGCUGAAGUGUUGGAAUUGGCGGGAAACGCUGCACGUGACAACAAAAAGACGAGGAUCAUCCCACGUCAUUUGCAGCUGGCCAUUCGUAACGACGAGGAACUGAACAAGUUACUGUCUGGUGUGACCAUCGCUCAAGGCGGUGUACUUCCAAACAUUCAGGCAGUUCUGCUACCCAAAAAGACCGAAAAGAAGGCGUAAACAGUGUCGCUGAAUUAAACAAAAAUGGCCCUUUUUAGGGCCGCAAAA